AGCGUGAUAAAAGUCUUUACAAUUAAUAUAUUUGUACGCCGGUGGUAGCAAAGUUCAAUGGCCUCGUCCCUCGUCGCUAAUUUCUGCAUCGCCACCGCAGGGAGAAUAAGUGCGAAACAAAAAGUCAGUUCGAUUCGACGGAUCACGUACAGCGGCCGGUAUAAGAUGAUGAAUGCUGUACAGUUCGGAUCAGAUGGCGCUGCGUCUAGCAUGCGCAUUGGCAAGGUGCCGAUUCCGGAGCUCAGAGAUCACGAGGUUUUGAUACGAGUGUAUGCCACAGCUAUCAACAGAGCGGACAUAUUACAGAGGAAGGGUCGGUAUGCGCCGCCCCCGGGUGAGAGUGAAAUCCUCGGUUUGGAAGCUGUCGGUACUGUCGAGACAAUAGGACCAAACUGUGUCAGUAGAUGGAGUGUAGGUGACCGAGUGAUGACACUGCUAGCUGGCGGAGGUAAUGCGGAGUACGUGUCUGGACACGAGGAUCUCCUGAUGCCAAUUCCCGCGGGAUUAACCUUCACAAAGGCGGCAGCCAUACCGGAAGUGUGGUUGACGGCUUUUCAACUUCUCCAUACAGUCGGUAAGAUACAGGCCGAGGAGAGCGUCCUUAUCCAUGCUGGAGGCUCGGGGGUGGGGACAGCUGCAGUACAGCUGGCAAGCUUAGUCGGGGCCACACCUAUUGUGACAGCCGGCUCUGAGACGAAGAUAAGCAAAGCAAAGGAAUUAGGGGCAGCAGAGGGAUUCAACUAUAAAGAGGGAGAUUUUGGACCUAGCGUUCUCCAGGCAACCAAGGGUAAAGGUGUGGACCUAAUAUUGGAUUGUGUUGGGGAAUCGUUUUACGAUCAGAAUAUGCAAAGUAUCAAAACAGAUGGACGUUGGGUGUUGUACGGUCUUCUAGGUGGAGGAAACGUUAAUGGAGAUAUGUUAGCGAAAAUGUUGAGGAAGAGAAUUUCUAUCACGGGCACCACACUACGGGCGAGAUCUAUACAGUACAAAGGCGAUCUUGUAAGGAACUUCACGGACGCAGCUCUCCACCAUUUCGACUCGGGAAAAUUGAAACCGAUUGUUGACAAAGUGUUCCCAUUGGAGAACAUAUCUGAUGCUCACAAGUACAUGGAAAGUAAUGCCAACACUGGAAAAAUUGUAAUCGAGGUCAGACCGGAGGACGUCAAAGAUGAGCUGUGACGUCUUGAAAUAUGUUUGACGUUAAUUUGUAUUGAUUAAUGAGCAAUGAUACGUAAUAAAAAGAAUGAAAAAAAUACUGCUGUACAUGGCGAGUAAUGUCAAUAUGUUAUCCUGGCAAAAUUGUAAUACAGGUCAGAAAAGAGAACUUUAAUACUGAACUGUGACGUCAUGGAAUUUUCUUUUACAUUUAAAUGUAUUGAAUAAUGAGUGAUAAGACGUGUUAAAGAAGGUGCACGAAUGAUCUGGAACUGACCAUUGGGAUAAGAUUUCAGAUAUGUCUAAAUAUGCAGAAGUGAUCUAUCACAUGACGGAACAGACUGACCCAACCUUUCACACGACGAGAUAGAGUUGAACUAUACCUAAAUGUGUGAAACCGACUAUCUGCAUAUCUUGACACAUUUUACUUUUGUCAAAUUGAAUGGAAUGGACAUUUCAGGUGACGUACAAAGACUAAUGUGUAGAAAAUAAGAUCUGAUAUAUGAAGAGAUGAAAUUCUCAUUCGUUGUGCUGGCAUAUUUGACCUUUCAACUGAAUUGAUAGAGAUAACAUUUACCUGAAAGAAAGGACCUUACCUUUUAAAUGACAGGACGGAAAUGGUAUUUCACUUGUAUAGGCGAACGUGAUCUUUGAUGUGUUGGUACGUAGUCUUUCUUUACCUGAAUGACCAAUCUUACCUUACAUGUAAAUGACGGAGAAGACAUUUCAUAUUAAUAAACGGAAAUGACCUUUAUGUAGAUGGGAUAGAGUUGACAUUUCACUUGACUGAAUGGAGUUCAUCUUGAACCUGGAUGAAUUUGACGAUUUAAAUGAAUUUAAAUUGCAAUUUAAGCGAUGUCUUUUUCAUACCUUGAUACCAAAAUUUUCCUCAAGAAUGAUUUUCUUUUAUAAAACUGGAAAUUAAUGGAACACAAAUAGAGAUAAAGUCGAUUAAAAGUCACGAAGUCCAUUAAAACGAUAUAACGUUUUACAAUAUUUUGAUACGCUCAAUAUCACAUUUUCUCCAUUGUUUACCUGUUCCUUUUUGUGCCAAAGGCUUAGUUUCCGGUUCUUGUUUUUGCAUUGGAAUUAAAAUAUAGAUAAUGAUCGAUUUAAGAUGUUUAAUUAAAAUUGCUAUACAGAAAAAAAUCCAUUGCAAAUAGAAGAACACGUUCUGGUAUACCUGUGAAUCAUAUGAGUUUUACUAGUAAUGUAUGAACUGUGGAAUAAGAAUUUUUCGUGAGGCCUACAUUUCGCGGUUUCCCGACAAAACACCAUUUCUUGGGUACAUGAAAUAUUGGAUUACAAAUGCCCACUCACGCGGAUAAUUGCUAUAUAUCAAACUUGUGGACCUUUGAAUUCGUUGAUGAAGAUUACCCACGAAAUCAACGAAAUUGAAAACCUCACGAAAACUAGUGAUUUCACAGUAUUAAGUUUGGCGGUUUUAUUACAUGGUUUAAUCUAUUGUAUAACUGUUUAUUUCGUUGUUAGCAUAUGUUCUAUUGGUGUAGUCAUGGCAAUGUUGAUGAUAAAUAAUACAUGUUUUUUUCAUAGCAUUAUAUUGGUACUAUGGGGAAAUGAUAACCGUUUAUCAACAUAUUAUAUUUAUUGACAAAAUCGACCAUUGUUAUAUAAUCAAUAAUUUACUUAUGCAUUUACAAUCAUAUGACUUUACGCAAAUUCAAGCAUAUAAAUAAUAAAAAUAAAACAUCU